AUGGCCCUUAAAUUGAAAGGAGUUGAGUAUGAAUCUAUAGCAGAAGAUUUGAAAAACAAUACAAUACAAUACAAUCCAAUUCACAAAAAAGUGCCUGUUUUGAUACAUAACGGAAAGGGCAUUGCUGAAUCAUUGAUCAAGUUUGGCAGGAAGGUCCACCAAUUCUUCCCAAGGAUCCUUAUCAAAGAGCCAUGGCUCGUUUUUGGGCUAACUUCAUUGAUGAAAAGCUACUUCACCAACUACUUUUUCUCUUUCUCUCUCGUUUAUGCUUAUGCUUAUGUUUAUGUUUGGAGCACAGGAGAGGAGCAAGAGAAGGCAAAGGAGGAAUCAAUAGAAGCCCUCAAGUUUCUUGAAGAUGAAAUUAAAGGCAAGAAUUUUUUUGGAGGUGACAAUAUUGGAAUUGUAGAUAUUGCUGCCAAUUUCAUUGGAUAUUGGCUUCCAACCAGAUCGGAGUUGACGGGAGUCCAAAUCAUGACAAAGGAAAAUUAUCCCUAA